CGCCCCGCCCCCGCGCUCGGACGGCCUGAGUCGCGCCCUACCGCCCCGCGCCGCCGAACUUGCUCUAACUUCCUUGGCCGAGCCCGGCCGCGUCGCUGCUGUCGCCGCCGCCGCCGCCGCCACCGCGCCCGGAUCCUGCUUCUCAGAAGAUGCACUAUUAUAGAUAUUCUAACGCCGAGGUCAGCUGCUGGUACAAGUACCUCCUUUUCAGCUACAACAUCGUCUUCUGGCUGGCUGGAGUUGUCUUCCUCGGAGUUGGACUUUGGGCAUGGAGCGAGAAGGGGGUGCUCUCUGACCUCACCAAAGUGACCCGGAUGCAUGGGAUUGACCCAGUGGUGCUGGUGCUGAUGGUGGGCGUGGUGAUGUUCACCCUGGGCUUCGCUGGCUGCGUGGGGGCCCUGCGGGAGAACAUCUGCCUGCUCAACUUUUUCUGCAGCACCAUUGUGCUCAUCUUCUUCCUGGAGCUGGCCGUGGCCGUGCUGGCCUUCCUGUUCCAGGACUGGGUGAGGGACCGGUUCCGGGAGUUCUUCGAGAGCAACAUCAGAUCCUACCGGGACGACAUUGACCUGCAGAACCUCAUCGACUCCCUUCAGAAAGCUAACCAGUGUUGCGGGGCAUAUGGCCCUGAAGACUGGGACCUCAAUGUCUACUUCAACUGCAGUGGCGCCAGCUAUAGCCGCGAGAAAUGUGGGGUGCCCUUCUCCUGUUGCGUGCCUGACCCAGCACAAAAAGUUGUGAACACACAGUGUGGCUAUGACGUCAGGACUCAGCUGAAGAGCAAAUGGGAUGAGUCCAUCUUCACGAAAGGCUGCAUCCAGGCCCUGGAGAGCUGGCUCCCACGGAACAUCUACAUUGUGGCCGGCGUCUUCAUCGCCAUCUCACUGCUGCAGAUAUUUGGCAUCUUCCUGGCGAGGACCCUGAUCUCGGACAUUGAGGCGGUGAAGGCAGGCCACCACUUUUGAGGAGCCGGAGGCAGGCAAGCAGAGCUGAGCCACACCAUGGGGGCGGCAGCCCUUCGCCACCGUUAGCGUCAUGUCCACAGGCAGAGAAGCAGAAGCACCUGGCCAGAGCCAGCACCCCGCCUUCAGCAUCCGCGUGAUGUGGCCUGUUUCUGCUUGCCGAUGCCGAAGACCGAGGGGCCCCCUGUCACCCACACAGACUUGUGACUGACACCCCCACGGGGGUCUGCCUGGAGUCAGAGGCCCCGUCAUUAAGUGGGGGAGGUGACUCUGAGGGACCAGCGGCUCUGGUGGCUGCACCCAGGCCUCCAUCGCACAUGUGGUUGGUGCUGGCCUCGGAGGCAGCCCCAUCUUCUGUGGACCUCCGAGUGCCCAUGGGGCCUGUGGUGUCUGCACAUGUCAGGGGUGUGGGCAGGAUCCUCAGCCACAUCCAAGUGAAGUAAGCCUGAGCCAGCACGUGGCUGGUGCCACGGGAGUGCCUCGUCCCCUGUCUCCCCCACCCCGCCCCCCAGGACGGGAACUGCUCCAGCCUAACAGCAUUAUGCCCUGAUGGCACGGGGGGUGGGGUGGGGGGGCGGUGGGCAUGGCUUUCCUCUUGAGCGUCAGCUCUCCUUUUCCUAAAGUGUGUAAAUAGUUUAUUUAUAGGGGUAAGAAUGUUCUCACACCACGUCUUCAUUUCCUCUGGCAUUCUCCUCUCAACAGCCUUACGCGGUGUCUGGGACUGACGCCAGCCCUCUGAGUUCCCUUGAGUGUCUCACGAACCAGCUCCAUCAGCUUAUCAUCCCUCAUCACCUAGCUGCACUCACAGACUCCCCCUUCGUCUCCGUGCCCCCAACACGCAUACCAUCACUCCCCUCCCCACUUGGCCUCACUGACUCCUGGUCUUGGUGCUACUGAAACUGUUACCCAGAACUUGAAUCCUGACCCUCCGCUACUGCAAGGCCAGGGAACCCUAGCCAGAGACAGCCAGCCGGAGACCUUUGGCCAGGGCUCCUCUCCAGGCUGCAUGCUAAGGGCCGGCUGGCCGGCCUGGCGUUUUUUUUUGCCUCUCCUUGGACAGAGAAGCCCUGUAGCCAGCCCCUGGGCUGAGCCAUGGACCCCAGCCUGCAGCUGGAUAGAGGCUCAUAUAUUUCGUUGAAGACUUUCGUGGUGACCCUCCAACCCCUGAAGGGGAUAUCUGUGGUCAUUGUGUCCACCCUUUGGGUCAGGUUUUACUGGGGGCUUGCUUUUGGAAAUGAAGUCUGUCUGAUGUCCUGAAUAACUUCCUGGGGGAAGCUGGGGUGUCUGUGCAUCUUGGCUGGGCUACACUCUAAUGCCUCUCUGGAUCUUGUUCUACCAGUUCUGUCCUCCUCGUUCAGGGAUGGAGCACUACCUUUACUUACUUGCCGAAGUGUACAUGCUAGCGUGGUGUAUACUGGUGGGUGUUUGUUGAUGACGUUGGUUUUGUUGUUUUUUACAAUUUUCUCUGUAGAUUAGGGGAAGAAGAAUGCUUGUGUUUUUAGGAAGUGUGACGCUUUUCUUUGACUGCCAAACUCUUUUAUGGAAUAUAUCUUUAUAUUAAUGCUG